AUGGCCCGAGACGGUGUUCUAAAAUUCUCUAUCUCUUCCACGCAGAUCGUGAUCGCUUUGGCUCUGUUCGCCGUGGCAGCCCAGGCCGCCGUUCUGAGGACCGUCGCUCCCGUGGCAGUGGCUCCGGCACCCGUCCCCGUCCUGGCCAAGACCGUCGAAUUGGAGGAGGUGGAUCCCCAUCCCCAGUACUCCUACAGCUACGAUGUGCAGGACUCUAUCUCCGGCGACAACAAGGGGCAUGUGGAGGAGCGUGACGGAGAUUUGGUCCGCGGCGAGUACUCCCUGAUCGAUGCCGACGGUUUCAAGCGUACUGUGACCUACACCGCCGAUUCUAUCAAUGGAUUCAAUGCUGUUGUCCGUCGUGAGCCCAUCGUCGCCGUGCAGGCUGAGCCAUUGAUCAAGGCCGCUCCCGUUGCUGUUGCCGCUCCCCUCGUGAAGGCUGCUCCUGUUGCUGUGGCAGCACCGAUUGUCCGCUCUGCUCCUUUGGCCGUGGCUGCUCCUGUCCUUCGCUCUGCUCCUCUUGCGGUUGCCUCCCCCAUUGUCCGUUCGGCUCCGCUGGCGCUUUCCUCUCCCCUUGUCCGAUCUGCCCCUCUGGCGGUGGCUGCCCCAGCACCCAUCCUGCGCACCGCUGCCUAUUCCACGCCUUUGAGGUACACAGCCCCUACCUAUACCAUUGCCAACUUGUAA